AUGUUUAGGCAUUCUGAGCAUGAGUUUAGAUCUAAACUUAAUGCGGUGGCUUGGCCAUCUCCAACUCGCGACUCACCCGUCGACACCAACCUCAGGAAAGGACAAAUUGGCAAUUCACCUUGGACUCUGGGAGUUCCCAUGGAUCUCUUCUCGGCGCAGCUGGCACAGCUGGUUGUUGUGACCCUCUGCUGCGUCGUCGGCCAGCUGGUGAAGGGCGUGAGGGGGGAGGAAGGAGGGGGGGGAGGGGCGAGGACCGGAGCUUGGGUUGUAAGAUCACUAAAUAUUUCAGCUGACGCCCGAGCAAGAGCCGAAGCCGCGAACCCCUGGUGGUACGAGGAGGCGCUUUCGGGCUUAGAAACCAGCCGCACGAAGGGCAACGUCUUGAGUUUCAGAUUUUCAAGAAGAGUGAAUUUGCGCGUGGCCGCCGAGUCAUGGCUUCCGCACAUUAGUGUCAGCCGAGAACCUCUCACUGGGACGGCGACGAUCAAGGGACCAAUGGUAGAUUUCCUUCAACUCCUCGCGAAUUCUCUGAACUUCUCAUACACGUUUGUCGACGGCGAUGGUUAUUUCGGCGCUCCUGUCGGGAACGGAUCGUGGAAUGGGAUGAUUGGCAUGUUAAAGAGACAGGAAAUAGACAUCGCGCUGGGCCCGUUCGCCAUGUCACACGAGCGACGUCAGGUGGUAGACUUCACAGUCCCUCUGCUGAUGGAAAAGAUGAAGAUCAUGGUCAUGCGGCCGGAACCUCAGCCGAACCCGUGGGGCCUCGUGGCGCCCUUCUCCUGGUACGUGUGGUUCGGCGUCGCGAGCAGCUUCUUCGUCGUGGCCUUCGUGAGCUUCUGCAUCGUGCAUUGCCUGAAGUCCGGCGGUCCGACGGAGGCAAAGGAUCACCUGUGGAGCUCCUUUGCCAUCCUGGUGACUCAAGCUCUGGCGUGGCAACCUAACGGAUUUACACUGAGGUUUCUCUUCUGUGUGUGGAUGCUGUGCUGUAUUGUCAUCGUUAACAGUUACAGCGGUUCCCUUACGUCGUUGCUGGCUGUUACGACUGUUUCCGCGAGCCACGAUUCCCUCCUGGACGUCGUGAAGGAUAAGGACCUGAAGCUGAUCAUGGAGGCUAACACCGCAUUCACAAGUCAUCUUAAGAUGGUCAAAAAUGGGAUCUACAAGGAACUCUCCGAAGCAGCGGCAAAGCGAGGAAUAUUCGAACCAGCUGAAAACUUAUGGCUGAAGUCCCGCCAGCUGCUCCGCGACGGACGCCAUGCACUCUUGGCCGAAGAACUCACCCUGCUGAAGUUCAUGGCGGAUGACAUGAGUCACACGGGCCGGUGUGAUUUUUAUAUGUCGAGUGGCGAGUUCUGGCCGGUGAUCGUGUCUAUGGCGGUGGUACAAGGCAGUCCUCUUCUUGAUCACAUUAAUGCUAGAGUACUUAUGCUACGAGAAUACGGGAUCUACAACGCGUGGAUUGGGAGGGAGCUGGACAACAUGACCCAGUGCGUGACACCUGAUUCUAGAUUGCCUCUGUUGCCCUACACCCUCACGGACUUAUGGUUGGCGUUUUUGUUCCUUGGCGGAGGCCUGGUGGCAGCGUCUGUGGUGUUGGCGUGUGAGCUGUGGUGGCACAAGGGGCGGCAGAGGAGACAGGCCCGUCGGGUCGUGGAUCUGAAGGCAGCUCGAAGAUACAAGUCAAGGAGGAGACUCAGCGGCACUCGAGAUCGACUCCUCCUCGACUCGAACUUGGAGAUAAUGAGAGACAAACACUCGAGAGAGGUUGGAUGCUCACACUCCCAGAGCGUGCCUUUCGAGAGAAACUUCAGGGGCGUCCAGUUCUUCCGCCAAGAGGGUGGGAUGAGGGAUGAUAACCUCAUCUUCUUACGAGCUGAUCUUCUUCAUCCAGACAGAGCGAGAGAUGCUUCAGCCCCUCGGUAUUUGAACGCAGACACGAUAGCCCUUGGCGAAAAGACAGCGCCAUUACAUGGAGAAAGGUCUCCCCGAAAUCGAGUUCUAGAGAUCGUUAAGGUUAAACCCCCUAAACCUCGGUUAGAUAUUCGAGAUAGAAGGCUUCCCCCUGAUUUAGGUGAUGCGAAAAAUGCACAGUCUAAUAAGGCAUUGGGAAAUCAAAGACAAUAAGUAAUGACUAUAGAAAAAAAUACAUACUAACGAUUGACACAACCGUUGACGAGUGCAUUUAAAAAUAACUUAAGAUAUAUUUUAAGAUUCUACAUGUAACUACUGUGUACGAAGUAUAACUUAUUCAGGUAAUUCUCCCUCUGUCGAUACACUUUUAAUGAGAUGCCAUGUAAGUUCAUAUCGACACCAAUUCCCCGCAGUCACGUCAUUUCUGUCAUUCAU